CAAAACCAUCUUGAUAACUUCAAGUCAUCAUCGAUCCUUAUCUACUUCUUCUUUUCAAACUUCCACAAAAAUGUCAUUUAAAACUCAAGUUGAAUGGCAAGAAGGACCCAAUCAAACUUCAUUUUAUACAAAACGAUGGUCUCCUUCAAAUCAAAUCACUACAAUUGCUAAACUAAUCUUUAUUCAUGGAUUUAUGGAACAUAUUUCUAGGUAUGAUCAUGUUUAUAGUAGAUAUGCAGAAGCUGGAAUCGAAGUCUUUGCAUUCGAUCAACGUGGGUUUGGUGAAACUGCUGCUAAAACUAAGACUCAAGGACAAACUUCUUGGCCUGAAGCUUUAAGAGAUGUGGAUUAUUUUAUUGAAAAAGAAGCUAGAUUGGUUUCUACCAAAGUUUUUCUUAUGGGUCAUAGUAUGGGAGGAGGUUUGACUUAUGCUUAUUUUACUAGAGACGUUCCUUUGCCUUCUAGUGCUUUGAUUACUGGUGGAACGAUCUUGUCGAGUCCUUUGAUACAACAAGCUCCUGGUGUUGCUGCUCCGGGAAUGUUUGUUCGGAUCGGUAGCUUUGUGGGAGCUGUUUUACCUAAGUUGACUUUAAAGGUCGGAGUGGCAUCAAAGGAUAUAUGUAGAGACCCAGUGAUCCAAGAAGAAUAUGCAAACGAUCCACUCUGUGCACCAAUAGGUACCUUUAAAGGGAUUGCCGAUAUGAUUCUUGGUGGUCAAGGGUUACUUGAUCAUGAUUAUGUUAGGUUUCCUGAAUCCUUGCCGAUCUUGGCUGUUCAUGGUACAGGUGAUAAAGUUACUUCCUGUAAAGCUACUGAAGAGUUAAUGGAGAAAACAAAUGCAAAAGACAAAACUUUCAAGACUUUUGAAGGGUAUUAUCAUGAGAUGCAUAAUGAACCUGGAAAUGAUAAGAUUAUUUUCAUGGAUUAUAUUAUUGAUUGGAUUAAAUCACAUGUUUGAUUUUGUUCUGUUUUCUGGCAUGGUUCUUUUGGUUUGUUGUUUUUGAUAGGUUUGAAUUGAGAGAAAGUAAUAGGUUCUUCCUAUAUAUAUAUACGUGUGUGUGUAGUAGUCUUUUAUCAUAUUUUGACUGGUUUGAUUUUUUUUCAAGUACAGGCAAUGUAAUUUGUAUCCAGCAAUGAUUGUGGUUUUGAAUGUUUUUGGUUGUUGAAUAAACAAAAUGUUGAGGUUUUCAUCAAAAGGAUUGAUUUUUUUUUGAG